UCAGGUGGGGCUGCUUCGCAAGUCCCAGCCGCGUCAGGCUACGUUUACCUCGCAGCUCCCCGGAGCUCGAAGCGCCGCAAAGUUUUGACAUUUUUGGCAGCGGAGACGCGCGCUGGCUCUCUCCGGCUGACGGCUGUGGCGGCGGCCGACGCUCCAGAGGCCACUCAGUCGCAAGUCCUAGGCGCUCCCGCCGCCCGGAGUCCGGCGGCCACGAGGCCCCGCCGCGUCCUCCCGCGCUCGCCCUCCCGGAGGCUGCAGCCAUGUCUCGGGGGCCGGAGGAGGUGAACCGGCUCACGGAGAACACGUACCGGAAUGUUAUGGAACAAUUCAAUCCUGGACUACGAAACUUAAUAAACCUAGGAAAAAAUUAUGAAAAAGCAGUGAAUGCUAUGAUCUUGGCUGGAAAGGCCUACUACGAUGGAGUGGCCAAGAUCGGUGAGAUUGCCACUGGGUCUCCAGUAUCAACAGAACUAGGCCAUGUCCUCAUAGAGAUUUCCAGCAUCCACAAGAAACUCAAUGAGACUCUUGAUGAAAAUUUCAAAAAAUUCCAUAAGGAGAUUAUUCAUGAGCUGGAGAAGAAGACAGAACUUGACGUAAAGUAUAUGAACGCUACUCUAAAAAGAUACCAAGCAGAACACAGGAAUAAAUUAGAUUCUUUGGAGAAAUCUCAGGCGGAGUUGAAGAAGAUCAGAAGAAAAAGUCAAGGAGGAAGAAAUGCACUCAAAUAUGAACACAAAGAAAUUGAGUAUGUGGAGACUGUUACUUCUCGCCAGAGUGAAAUCCAGAAGUUCAUUGCAGAUGGCUGCAAAGAAGCCCUGCUUGAGGAAAAAAGGCGCUUCUGCUUUCUGGUGGACAAGCACUGUAGCUUUGCCAAUCACAUCCACUACUAUCACCUGCAGUCUGCAGAAUUACUUAAUUCCAAGCUGCCCCGGUGGCAGGAAACCUGUUGUGAUGCCACAAAAGUACCAGAGAAAAUCAUGAACAUGAUAGAAGAGAUAAAGACACCCAUCUCCACACCAGUGUCCGGGACACCACAGCCUUCACCCAUGAUCGAGAGAAGCAAGAUGAUUGGGAAAGAUUAUGACACCCUUUCUAAAUACUCACCAAAGAUGCCCCCUGCUCCUUCAGUCAAAGCCUACACCAGCCCUUUGAUUGAUAUGUUCAAUAACCCAGCAACAGCUGCACAGAGUUCAGAAAAGAUAAACAACUCAGCAGACACCUCAGAAGAUCCCAGUUUACAAAGAUCCGUUUCUGUUGCAACCGGACUGAACAUGAUGAAGAAACAAAAAGUGAAGACCAUCUUCCCUCACACUGCGGGCAACAACAAGACCUUACUUAGCUUUGCCCAGGGGGACAUCAUCACACUGCUCAUCCCCGAGGAGAAGGACGGCUGGCUCUAUGGAGAGCAUGACACCACCAAAGCGAGGGGUUGGUUCCCAUCAUCAUACACAAAGUUGAUGGAAGAAAACGUGAAGGAAGCAGUGUCUGUGCCUACACCAAGCCCUGCACCAGUGAGAAGCAUCAGUACUGUGGACCUGACUGAGAAGAGCAAUGUUGUCAUCCCUCCUCCUGACUACCUGGAGUGCCUGUCCAUGGGAGCCACCUCAGACAAGAGAACAGGUGCUCCCAAGACUACUACUUCUACCUUCAAAGCCCCAGUGUCCAGACCAGAUGCCACAUCCACAUCUCCGAGCGACGCAAACGGGACCGCAAAGCCGCCAUUCCUCAGUGGAGAGAACCCCUUUGCUACUGUGAAACUCCGGCCGACAGUGACAAAUGACCGAUCAGCACCGAUCAUUCGAUGAAGACGGGAGGGAUCCUGCUAGUCCCUCUACCCGAGUUCUCACCUGCAAGGCGACAGGGUGCUGGACCGGUACAGGCACUGUCAGAGCAUCAGAGGGUGCCUGAUUUCAGCGAACCCCACUUGAGCAAAUCAAUGUAUUUUCUCAGUUUAACAGAGCUGGGUUUACACAUUUUUGUCUUUAAGGUAAAUGAGUAGCGUAGUGAUUAGAUCAAUCAUUUGAAAGAUUUUCUUUUCUAUUCAAAAGCAGUAAAUUUGGUUCAAGUUCUUCUAAUUUUAAUUUUUAGAAGAUCGCCAGAAUAAGGGCUAGUCUUAUCUAUGCUUUUGUGCCUGGCUUUCUGUGGCUGAAUGCAAAAAGACCAGAGUUUUAUUUUAUAAAGCCUGUGCUCUUAAGUAGCAUUAUGAUGUUCAUCUAAAGAAACUAUGUAAGUUUGCAUCAGAGCAUGCAAAUCUAGUAAACAAUAUAAAUUAUGAAACCAUAUUAAAUAUUUUUUAAAUGACCCAAUUUUAACCUUUUGAUUAAACAAAUGUGGAGCUAAGAUGGCGAACUCUGACCUCAGUUGACGGGCAUUGCUACAGAGUGCUCCGAUGGUCUGCCUGCCUCAUCAGCACUUAGGAAAUUAUCUCCAGGAGCUACUGAGUUCAGUGUUACCGAGUCACCAGCAGGGGUCUGUUUACGUCUCUAUCAGCUUGGUGACACCUCCUGAGGUUUGGGUGUCUUCCUUUUUUUAAUCAGGCACUGGCCUGUAAAUGGCACUUCUAAAGCCUGGUGACUGGUGGGCAGGAGAGGCAGAGCGCUAGUCCAGCCUUACACUGUCCCACACUCGACUCUGGCUGAGACCAACAAUGGCUUAGGCCACUGCACAGAGCCUUGAGCCAGGGAUCAGUCUGCCCCUACCUGCCCAAGAUGUAGACAGACCUAUUCUGGGAUGGCAAAUGAUUAAAAUCAACACCCAGGCAAGUCACUAUUGAUUGCUUACCUCAGUUUCUUAGAUCUUACCAGAGAAAUCAUUUUCCCCCAAGUUGGAAAUUGGUCAGGGUUUGUGUACAUGAAAUUUCAGUCUUUCCAGCUCGGCCAAACAGUGCCAGGCUCACGUGGAAGGACAAACCUGCUGGCCCCAUGAAGGGCAACUGGCACAGGCCUGCCCAUGCCAACACCCUCCGUAGAUCACAGUCAGGGUCAUGCCCUGUUUUAUCACUGUUAGGCAGGUGUCCCGGCCUGAUGGAGAAAGGACCGCAUUUCAAACAGUCCCUGUGACCAACACGUAAGUGCAGGUGAAGGUAGAAGCCCUGUGUUUUCACCGACAGAGAACACGCAAGCAUGGAUUUCAGACACGUGAAGAAGGGGGAGUGGCACUGAGAACUCACAUCCUUCCUGUCACACACCUACAGAAACGUCUGCUGGGGUGUGCUCUCCCUCACGGGGCCACUUACCUGACUCAUGGCCCAGCGCUGCAAACACCAAGGUUACCAUUUGCUUCAUGUUGAUAAUAAAGGAGAGUCUGAAACACA